CUUUAUGAACAUGAUGUUGAUAAUUUGCUGAAAACAAUUAGUUUGUCAGUUGACAGGGAAAAGUUAUCUAAAGAUCAUUUCUUAGCCAAUGGAGUUUUAUAUUAUGAAGAUUUGGAAGAAACUAAUAGCAUCAUUUAUGAUUCCUUGGAAGCUGCUGAUGAAUUGAAACAUUUAAAAUCAGAUUUGGAUAAAAAAAUAAUUGAUGCUGCUGAAAAAAAAUUUAUAUCAUCUUUUCUUGAAAAUUCAGAAACAGCUGCCUGUGAUAUUAAUAGUUUAUAUAUGGUUGAUUUAGCAGGAUUGUUGCAAGAGAAUGUUAAAUUCACCAAAUCAACGAAAACACCUGAUCUAUCUAAUAGAAAGCCAAGUACACCUUUACAAAGUGAAAUCAAUAACCUACUAUCAAUGACAUUUGCAACUCUAGAUACUUGA